UCUAGUUUUAAGCUUUAAGACGAACAGAUAUCAACUAUCAGCAAUGCUGAAGAUCAUAAUUUUAAAGUGCUUAAUAUUUUCUGCAAAUAUACUAGGAUCAGUUACGGAUGAUAAUAUCUCAGAAAAUAGUUAUAAUGGCACUGAAAACUUUUAUACUGCAGCCGUUUUAGAAUUCAAUUCUCCAGGUAAUAAAUUUUCAAGUGCUGAGCUGACAGUUGAUGCAAAUUUAAAAGAAUACAUAAAAUGGAUUUAUAAUGUUAAGGAGUAUAAUGUCGAUAUUCUUGUCUUUCCGGAGGCAACAUUGAACUAUCACGGUCUAUUGGGAGAUGAUUUGAAAAAAUUUGCAAUUCCAUUGCCACAGGAAAUAUCAGAUAAUGAGUAUGAAUACAAUUGUGAUUACUCGUCAAAUGCAAUUCUGAAUGAAUUGUCAGAUGCAGUAGGAAAUGUCAGUAUUUACGUUUCAGUAAAUAUAGUUGAAAUCGAGGAAUGUAAUGAAAGUACUUCGAAUACAAACAAUUUUUCUCUUUACAAUACAAAUAUUGUUUUCGAUAGAUCUGGCUGCAUAGUUUCAAGAUAUAGAAAGUUCAAUUUAUUCAUUGAACCAUCUAUGAGUGUGCCUGAAGAGGCAGAUUUACCAACAUUUGAAACAGAUUUUGGAGUAACAUUCGGGCAUUUCAUUUGCUUUGAUAUUCUUUUCAAGUUCCCAGCAUAUGACUUAGUUUUAUCAAAUAUUUCGCAUUUUAUUUAUCCUUCUAUGUGGUAUUCAGAAGUUCCGUUUCUGACAAGUAUUCAACUUCAACAAAAUUAUGCAUACCGAAACAAUAUUGUCCUUUUAUCAUCUGGAGCCAAUUUUCCUUCAAACUCAAAAACAGGAAGUGGGAUCUUCAUUGGUAAAUAUGGACCUGCAGAUUCAAUUAUAUCAUAUCGUAAUGAAACAAAAAUAAUUGUUGCAAAAAUUCCAAAAGAUCUUAAUGACGAUUCGAUAGCUCUUAAUAAUCCAAAAAUUCAACCAUACACUCCAAUUGAGAUGGACAGAUUGAAAACAUGGUCAUUUAUUCCUAAAAAUAUUUAUCCUUUGCAAGAGAACUUUCACGUAAAAAAUGGAGAAAUUGAAUGUGACUUCGCUCUUAACUUCACAAAUUUAUCAUUGGAUUAUGAUGAAAAUGUAGGAUAUGUUUAUAAACUUGCAGUUAAUAAUGGAAAACGUAAUUUGGCUAACAUCGUGAACACAGGUGAAAUGUAUUGCUCAAUCAUACCAUGCUUAAAUGAUGAUAUAAAAACAUGUGGCAAUAAAUUUAAAGAUAGCCGAAAUCUUGUCCCAUCAACAAUAUUUCAUUCAAUAAGUAUUACAAUGACAGUAUCAAAUAUUAAUAAGGAUGAUUGUCUUAUAAUGCCAACAUCAUUAGAUUUUUCAAUACAUCCUCUAAAUGUAGCCAGUUUUCAAUUUAUUGAAGUCAAUAAAAAUGAAUUUAAACUUGAAGCAAGCAAAGACAUAGAUGAAAUUUUAACUUUUGGUAUUUAUGGACGAAAUUUUUCAAUGGACGAAAAGAUUAUGCACAAAUCAGAAUCUAACGAAUUGUUACACAUAGUAGAGUCCAAUGAGUCUGAAAACAAAAAAAUAAAUGAAAACUUAGAAAUUGUAAAGCUUCAAAAUUAUAUAGAAAAUGAUGACAAGAAUAUUGGAUGGAAGCUUACAAUUUAUGCUGGAUUGAUGGUUGUCCUUUGUAUAAUUGCAGCUAUUUUAGUUUACAGAAGACUUCAACAUCCUUACGAACAUCCGUUAAUCGUUAUGAGGAGAAAAAGUGAAAUGAAUACUUCUUAAAAUAAAUUGAAUUAAAGUGUCCAAAAGCUGUAAAACUCUUUAAUAGCAAAAAUAAAAACAAUUUAAUACAACAACUUAUUUCAUUAUCAUAAUAAAUAAUGGAUAUGAUAAUAUAUGAUUCUAAAAUUAUCAAUUUCAUUCAAAAUACAUCAAAAACUUCCACAAUAUUAUUUUAUUAUAUUCACACCGUUUUC